AUGACGGAUAAAUAUUUGUAUCAGUUCAUGUUCAUGCGCUUCCUUUUUCUUCUCUCGUUGGUCCUUGUUUUACUAACUGUUUCUCUGUCUUCUCAGCAGCCACUUUGUCGCGAAGAUGAGAGAUCAGCCUUGUUGCAAUUCAAGGAUGGUUUUAUCAUUGACUGCUCUGCUUCUUUUGAUACUUUUGCAUAUCCUAAGGUUGCAUCAUGGACUCCAGAAAAAGAGCAUAGUGAAUGCUGCUCAUGGGAUGGGGUUGAGUGCAAUGAGGACACAGGUCAUGUGAUACGCCUUGAUCUCAGUAGCAGCUGUCUCUAUGGUUCUAUCAACUCUAACACCAGCCUUUUCCACCUUCUUCAACUUCAAAGGCUUAAUCUUGCAUUUAACAACUUCAAUCACUCUCAAAUCCCAUUUGGAGUUGGCCAUCUUUCAACACUUACAUAUCUCAACCUCUCUAAUUCUAUGUUCUGGGGACAAGUACCUAAAAGCUUGGCAAAUUUAUCUUCUCUGGCAACUCUAGAUCUACUAAAGUGCUGGUUACAUGGCGAAUUUCCAACCAAAAUUUUUCUGCUACCAAGCCUAAGGUUUCUUAGAGUAGCAUACAAUCAAGACCUCAUUGGUCAUUUGCCUGAAUUUUACUCUAGCAGUUCUCUUCAGGUUUUCACACUUGAGGGCACAAGUUUUUAUGGUAAACUACCGACCUCAAUUGGAAACUUAAGUUCUUUACAUGUUUUAAAUUUUAGGAAUUGUCAUUUCUCUGGAUCUAUCCCAGCUUCAUUGAGCAAUUUCACCCAACUCACUUAUCUAGAUAUGCCAGAGAACACUCUUACAGGUCACAUUCCUUCCUUGUCAGCUAACCUGACUCAACUAACUUUUGUGGACCUUUCCUACAAUAAAUUAAGUGGGAUGUUGGAGUUAGACAUGUUCCUUAAGAUCAAAAGUUUAAGUGUGCUUGUGCUAUCAUCCAACUAUUUGACAUUGCUAACGAGGAUCAGUUCAAAUGACACUCUUCCACAGUUUCACACUCUAACAUUGGGUUCUUGCAACUUACAGGAGUUCCCAGAUUUCCUACGCAACCAAAACAAAUUGAGUUGGCUUGAGCUGCCAGACAACAAUUUUCAAGGCCUAAUACCCAAAUGGUUGUAUAAUACCAGUAUAGAAACUCUUCGGGCUAUAAUCCUUUCUUCUAAUUUUCUAAUAGGUUUUGAACAAUCUCCAAUUGUUCUCCCAUGGUCUAAGCUAGAAGUUUUAUCACUUGACGUUAAAAUGCUGCAAGGUGCACUCCCGAUUCCACCAGCAUCUACAAAGAUUUUUCAAGUCGGUUGGAACAAGGUUAGUGAAAUUUCACCAUUGAUUUGCAAUCUGAGUUCACUUUCUGAACUUGAUUUGUCCCACAACAACUUGAGAGGCAUUCUCCAUCCAUGCUUAGGAAAUUUUAGUCCUUUUUUGUCAGUACUUGAACUACGAAGUAACAACUUUCAUGGCAACAUCCCCAAAACAUGGGCAAACAGUAGUAGCUUAAGGGUUAUUGAUUCAACUCAAAACCAAUUAGAGGGUCCUCUGCCAAGAUCACUAGCAAAUUCUGCAAUGCUAGAGUAUCUUCAUGUUGGUAACAAUAAGAUCAUUGGUACUUUCCCAUUUUGGCUGGGAACCCUUCCCCAAUUGAAGGUUCUUGUUCUUCAUUCCAAUGGAUUCUAUGGAGCAAUAAGAAGUUCUGAAUCAAAUUAUACAUUCCCCAAGUUGCGUAUCAUUGACCUCUCUUGCAACAAUUUUUCUGGACAUUUGCCUGCAGAGUACUUCCUACAUUGGACUGCCAUGAAAGCUGCUGAUGCCAAUCAAUUAAAGUACAUGAUUGCAAGGACUACUGGAGAUUGGUGGUAUUCAGAUUUCGCUUACUCGAUUGCAAUAGCAAACAAAGGCAUAGAGAUAGAAUAUCAAAAGAUCCAAGAUGUCUUCACAGUCAUUGAUUUCUCAAGCAACAGAUUUGAAGGAGAAAUCCCAUAUCUCUUAGAGAGUCUGAAAGGGCUUCAUUUGCUCAAUCUUUUCAACAAUGCUUUCACUGGUCAUAUCCCAUCGUCCCUGGGGAACUUGACACAACUAGAAUCAAUGGACCUUUCUCGAAACAAGUUGUCCGGAAUUAUACCUCCACAACUAGCGGAGCUCAAUUUUCUUUCAUCUUUUAAUGUCUCCAACAAUCGGCUUACAGGACCUAUACCGCAUGGAGAACAAUUUGAUACAUUUGAGAAUAGUUCAUUCAGUGGUAAUCUGGGAUUGUAUGGAAAACCAUUAUCAAAGCAAUGUGACACGUUGCCACCUUCAACCUCCGAAGAGAAUCAAGGUUCAGAGUCUUCACUUGAAUUUGAUUGGAAAGUAGUUGUGAUGGGAUAUGGAUGUGGCUUGGUAGUGGGAGCUGUUAUAGGAAAAUUUGUGACUAUAAGGAAGUUCAUGAGGGCUUCUGUAAAGAGGCAACAAACUCCAAGAAGGGUGAACCGGAGGAUGUAA